AUGGCAACUGGACUGAAAUUGAUGAGAGCAAUUAGAGUUUUUGAAUUUGGUGGACCAGAAGUGCUGAAACUCCAGUCGGAUGUGGCAGUACCAACUCCAAAAGACCACCAGGUUCUAAUCAAGGUCCAUGCAUGUGGUGUAAACCCAGUGGAAACAUAUAUUCGUUCUGGUACUCACAAGAUAAAACCACUCUUACCCUAUACACCUGGUUCAGAUGUAGCUGGGGUAAUAGAAGCUGUUGGAGAUAAUGCAUCUACUUUCAAGAAAGGUGACAGAGUUUUCACUACCAGCACCAUCUCUGGGGGCUAUGCCGAGUAUGCUCUUGCAGCAGAUCACACUGUUUACCCACUGCCAGAAAAACUGGACUUUAAACAAGGAGCUGCCAUCGGUAUCCCAUAUUUUACUGCUUAUCGAGCUCUGCUCCACAGUGCCCGUGUGAAAGCUGGAGAAAGUGUUCUGGUUCAUGGGGCUAGUGGAGGAGUUGGACUGGCAGUAUGCCAGAUUGCUAGAGCUUAUGGUUUAAAGGUUCUGGGCACAGCUGGUACCGGGGAAGGACAAAACAUCGUUUUGCAAAAUGGAGCCCAUGAAGUGUUUAACCACAGAGAACAUAAUUAUAUUGAUAAAAUUAAGAAAUCUGUUGGUGAAAAAGGAAUUGAUGUGAUCAUUGAAAUGUUAGCUAAUGUAAAUCUUAAUAAUGAUUUGAAUCUUCUGUCACGUGGAGGACGAGUAAUAGUUGUUGGCAGCAGAGGUCCUAUUGAAAUAAACCCACGGGACACCAUGACAAAGGAAUCUAGUAUAAUUGGGGUUGCUCUCUACUCAUCAACUAAGGAGGAAUUUAGGCAAUAUGCAGCGGCCCUUCAAGCUGGAAUGGAAAUUGGUUGGCUGAAACCUGUAAUAGGUUCUCAGUAUUCAUUGGAGAAGGUGGCCCAGGCUCAUGAAAAUAUCAUCCAUAGCAGUGGGGCUACUGGGAAAAUGAUUCUUCUCUUAGAAUGA